AUGGGUCGCAGGAGGGCCCGCCUAUGGGCACUUUUCCAGUGCUGCAUCCCCAAGGCAAAGGCCAAGACAAGGAAGAACUUGGCCUCGGCCCAAGUCCUGGAAGCAGAGCGGCCUGAGGAGUUGGCAACAUCUACGGAAGAGCAACUCAAUGUAUGCCGGGAACAGCUUCUUGCAAGAGAAGAAGAAAUAGCUCUGCUGAAUGCAGAGCGGAAUAAUACCAGGCUGCUGCUGGAGCACCUGGAGUUCCUGGUUUCCCGGUAUACACCGUCCCUCCAGACGACGGCGGGCAAGUGGCAGGCGCAGUCCCCAGACGGCAUGACCAGCGAGCUGGAGGUGCUCAAGUCUCUGAAAAUACUCUUUGAGCACCACAAGGCCCUGGACAAGAAGUGCACUCACGUAUAUACACACAUCAACACACGAGGAGCACUUGGAAGGUGUAGUUUGUUAGAAGAAUUAGGUGCCACACAUAACAAGCUGAUGAUUCUUAAAGAGAAGAAUAACCCAAAAAAGAUACUAAUGGACAGGGUGCUUGAUGUAAAUCACAAGCAAGAAAACAUGCCAAGCGCCAAUGGAAAGGCAUGUCCUCGGUCUCACUCUCUAACCCGCGACGAAGACCUGGCUCAGGUGAUCGAGCUCAAGGAAAUCAUCAAGAAGAAGUCACGGGAGCAGAGAGAGAUGAAGGACCACCUGGCAGCCCUCUCUGCCCACGUAACAGAGCUGGAGAAGGACCUGGACACGGCCAGGAAGGACCUCCUCAAGUCCAAGGAAGUGAAAGUGAAAUUACAGCAGGACGUCCGUGAAGCUAUGGCCCAGAAGGAGGACAUGGAGAAGAGAAUCACUACACUUGAGAAACGCUACCUCACUGCACAGCGCAAAGCCAUCUCUGUGCACAACCUCCAUGAUAAACUUGAAAAUGAAAUCGCAAAUAAGGAUUCUAUGCAUCGACAGAAGGAGGAUAAAGACCGACAGCUGCAGGAGUGCCUGGAGCUGGCAGACCAGAAGCUGCAGCAGAUGCUGACAGAAGUGGUGGCUGAGCUGGCUCAGCAGGUGGCUGCGCUCUCCAAGGUGCAGCCCCUGAAAGAUCAGGACCGGGAGCGUGGGCAGCAAGCCAGCGUGCUGGCCAACGUGGGCCAGCAGUUAGAGACUGACAAGGGCGUGUCAGACGGCGAGGGUGACCGGGUCACCCUCUUCAGCAUGCCCGCUCUGCUGUCGCCCCGCGGCCAGGCCGAUGCCAAGACUCCGGCCGGGAGGAUUCAGAAGCAGCUGGACAGGAUCAACGAAGAAAGCUGGUUGAUCCAAAAAGACAAGGAGAACAUUGAUCAGCGGGCGGAGGGGAUUGAGAGCAGGGAGGGCAGUGGGAGCUUCAGCAACCUUCGGCGCUUUAAAUCCUGGAGCUCCCUCAACCUGGAUCCCGCCUCCUCGCAUGCCGGCUCCUUCCCACCCAGCAGAGGGCGCUGCAUGCCUGAAAGGAGGCAGCACAGCCCUGAUCCAGAGGAAGACAAGCUGGGCUUCGUGACUCUGCUGCCAGCCUUACAGGAAGAGGUAGAAGAUGACACCAUCAAAUGUGAAACCUCGAGCUCCACCUCGCUGCGGUCCUUUCGUCUGGACAGGCUCACGGGCUCACUGCGCACAGCCAGCGACGAGGACAUCAGGGAUGCCCACAACGUGACAGGCUCUCAGGACGGUCCCAGGGGCAACCCCAGCAACAGCAACAGCAGCCAGAAAGCCCCAAAGAAGAAGGGCAUCAAGUCCUCCAUCGGUCGUUGGUUUGGCAAGAAGGAAAAGGGCCGACCUGGACACACCAGCAAGGAGGCGUUAGGACCAG